AUGUAUACACUUGACAGUUACACAAUAAUGAUCGUAUCGAAGUACUUUGAUUCGAUCAACGAUUUCAUCAACUUAGUAUUUGUUAGUAAGAAGUUUAAAGACACUAUAGCCAAGUUUCAUUACAAUCCAAUACCCCUCACUUCAAAGACAAUUGAUUACUUCACACACUUAGAAACGUUUUAUCUCUAUGAUUCCACCAAUGAUAAUUUUGGUCAUUUAAUUCUAUCAAAGAACGACGUCUUUAACCCAAUUAAGACGUUUUAUCAAAUUGAAGUGCUUUUUACAGUUGACUAUGAAACUUUCAUGCUCAAUACCAAGAGAAACAUCAAUUUCAAAAGUGUGUGUUACACUCAAGACAACCGACAGAGUUAUGGCACACAAAUUCCUUCUGAUAUCAAUUUCGUUGGCGAUUACUGUUAUAUGAAAGAAUUAAAUCUUCCUUCGAUCACCAUUCCCAACAACGUCUAUUCCCUCAACAAAUUCUGUUUCUAUAAUUGUUACGCACUGAGUUCGGUGGUCAUCUCGGAGUCCGUCAAAUUUCUUGGGGAAGGGUGCUUCUGCUAUUGUUUCUCGUUACAUUCAAUCAACAUGCCAAGCACUUUAUUAUACAUUGGAGACAACUGUUUCUCCUUUUGUGAUUCACUUGAAAAGAUCGAAAUUCCAAAUUCCACCACUUUUAUUGGGAGUGGAAGUUUCAAUGGAUGUUCCUCUUUACUUGAAAUAAGUCUUCCAGACAACACGAGGAAAAUUGGAGAAGGAACUUUCAUGGAAUGUCUGACACUGAAGAACUUCGUUGUUCCCAAGAACGUCGAUUACAUAGGCGAGUCGUGUUUUGGAAAUUGCACGUCGUUAACAGACAUCAAGUUGAAUGACAAUUUAAAAACAAUUGGAAAGAGCUGUUUUGAGUAUUGUUCGAGUAUUAGUGACAUCAAAAUUCCAUGCGGAGUCAGUGAAAUUGGAGAGACUUGCUUCAAUGGGUGUUGUCAUUUAAGAGUCGUAAAACUACCAAAAAGCGUGACAAAAAUUGGAAGUAAUGGGUUUGAAAGCUUCACCCAAGUAGUGUAUCAAUAA